AUGGUGGUCUCCAUCGAGCCACCAAACAACCUGGCCGAAAUGCUGCAAUCAUUGCGGGUCAUUUCGGACGAGACGUUAGAAGAUAAUAAUCAUGACAAAAAAAAGGCGCUCGAGACCCAUUCAAUGCGAGCAGCACUUUUCCAAGUGUUGUGUGAGGUCAAGGAAAAGACUGUCCUCCGGCUCCAACACUCCGGUCUAGACGAUCAAGGAGAUGAUCCACAAUUGAUGAGGCUAGAUAACAUGCUGGUAGCAGAAGGCGUGGCGGGACCCGAUAAAAAUGCCUCCCUGGGUGCUGAUGCCUCCUCAACAGAUCAAGCGGAUUAUCGGAUGAAGCUCUCUCAAAUUAGAUCUGUCUAUAAUAACGAGUUGGUACGGUAUGAAGAGGCUUGCGGAGAAUUCACCCAACACGUCAUGGCACUAUUGAGAGAUCAACAAAGAUUAAGACCCAUUGCCAAGACCGAAGUUGAUAGAAUGGUGUCUAUCAUACAAAGAAAAUUUAAUAUGAUCCAGGUGCAACUAAAGCAAAGCACCUGUGAGGCUGUGAUGAUCCUGAGAAGUAGACAUUUGGAUGCGAGGAGAAAACGACGAAACUUCUCGAAACAAGCGACUGAAAUCCUUAAUGAAUAUUUCUACGCUCAUUUGAGUAAUCCCUAUCCCAGCGAAGAAGCCAAAGAAGAUCUCGCCAGACAAUGUCAGAUUACUGUAUCACAGGUGUCGAAUUGGUUCGGAAACAAGCGAAUUCGAUAUAAGAAAAACAUCGCAAAAGCGCAAGAGGAAGCCAAUAUGUAUGCGGCGAAAAAGGCGGCGGCACAAGGAUUGGGAGGUUUUCCGGCCGCAUCAGCUGCAGGAGCAAUGCCCGCUUAUGGGAUGCUAGGAGCACCAGGGGGAAUGAUGUCUGGAUACGGUGGAAUGCUUGGAGCCGGAUCUGAACAUCUCGGAAUGGGAGCACCAUUUGAUCUCUCAAGCUACAAUCCACAACUGCACGGAGGAAUGACGCAACUUGGUGAAGAGAAGGUGAACAAGUCA